GGUGUUCGGGGGACGGAGCGCGGGUGGCUAGGAGGCGCGUUCAAACGCGAAUCAAUGGAGGGGCGGGGCCAGGAGGCUCCCCUCCCCCCAGCCUGCGGGCGCAGGGGGCGGGGCCCCAACCCCUUGAGUUUCCCGCGUGGGGGCUUGAGCCCGGCCGUUGCCUAGCAACGCCCCGCCCCGCCCCCCGCGAGCCGCGGCGGGCGCCAGCCCCCAGCAUGGCCUGGCAAGCCUGGCCUGCGCCGUGUCUGUGGGUCGCCAGCGGCGGACUGCUGCUGCUUGUCCUCGCUCUGCUCCUGACCCCCCGCAGCUGCCGAGCGCGGCGGACCCUCCGCGGCCUGUUCAUGGCGCGCAGCAAGCGGCUGCUCUUCCGUAUCGGGUACAGCCUGUACACCCGCACCUGGCUUGGGUACCUCUUCUACCGACAGCAGCUGCGCAGGGCUCGGAAUCGCUACCCCAAAGGCCACUCCAGAACCCAGCCCCGCCUCUUCAACGGAGUGAAGGUGCUUCCCAUCCCCGUCCUCUCUGACAACUACAGCUACCUCAUCAUCGACACCCAGGCCCGCCUGGCUGUGGCUGUGGACCCUUCAGACCCUCAGGCCGUGCAGGCUUCCAUUGAAAAGGAGGGCGUUACCUUGGUCGCCAUUCUCUGCACUCACAAGCACUGGGACCACAGCGGGGGGAACCGCGACCUCAGCCGCCGGCACCACGACUGCAGGGUGUACGGGAGCCCUCAGGACGGCAUCCCCUCCCUCACCCAUCCCCUUUGUCAUCAAGACGUGGUUAGUGUGGGGCGACUUCAGAUCCGGGCUCUAGCCACCCCUGGCCACACACAAGGUCAUCUGGUCUACCUGCUGGAUGGGGAGCCCUACGAGGGUCCUUCCUGCCUCUUCUCAGGAGACCUGCUCUUCCUCUCUGGUUGUGGACGGACCUUCGAGGGCACUGCAGAGACCAUGCUGAGCUCGCUGGACACUGUGCUGGGGCUGGGAGAUGACACUCUGCUGUGGCCCGGUCAUGAGUACGCGGAGGAGAACCUGGGCUUUGCAGGUGUGGUGGAGCCCGAGAACCUGGCCCGGGAGAGGAAGAUGCAGUGGGUGCAGAGGCAGCGGAUGGAGCGCAAGAGCACGUGCCCGUCCACCCUGGGAGAGGAGCGCUCCUACAACCCUUUCCUGAGGACCCACUGCCUGGUGCUGCAGGAGACUCUGGUCCCAGGCCCGGGCCCCAGUGAGGACGAUGGCUACUCCCGGGCCCAGCUCCUGGAGAAGCUCCGCCGGCUGAAGGACCUGCACAAGAGCAAGUGAUGCCCGCAGCUCACCUCGCGGUGGGGAGGCCGGCCAUGGCCUGCACGCCCAUCCCCCUCAUUGCUCCAUCACCGCCUCCAUCAGAGCCCAGGGUGGGUGUCAUUCUCCAAUACUGGUCAGGGAGAGGGUCAAGGUGGGGGACUUUGAGGCUAGAGAAAGGGGACGGGGGACUGCUCACAGGCUGAGAGGCUCCAUAGGGUGCAGCUGAGCUAUCAAGGGUAACAGGAAAUGAGGGGCCCUGGGACAUCUCCAGACCUAGCUGGGAGGGUCCCCUCCUCCCUCCCCCUGUUCCUGACGUGGUAGUGAGUGCUCUUAGCCCCUCCCUCAGAGGGCCUCACUCUCACUGGAGCCACUUAACCCAGGACACGGAGCCACCACAGGCUGAGUCCACCUUCCCCUGUCUCCCAUUCAGGGUGGGAAAGAAACAGUCCCCCAAAGUGGCCUGAUGUGAGAUGCCUUGGAAAAGUGGUCACUCAGAGGGGCGCCUGGGCUCUGGUUACUGAGACACUGCCCCUCAUCCCCCAGCCUCCCUGCCCUGCCUCCCUCGAAGGCAUUUUUCCAAUGAAGCCAUUUCUGAGAAAGAUGGAAGGUCUGGAAGUCUUGCUUCCUGGCCUAUGUCUGCCUCAGCGACUUCCCUACAGCCUGGAAGAGGGAGGGCCCUGGUUCUUGACCUCAGGCUGAGGAGGCACCAGAGGCUGCUGGGGUUGCAGCCCAACAGUCCUGAGGGUCGCACUGGCUCCCUGCACAGCUCGCCUGGUCCUUCCUGUUGGCCUCUGCCCCUGCCCUGGGCCAACAGGGGAGAGAGAGCCAUCGUCCACCACGGCCACUGCUGUUUUUUCAUUACGGCCCUUAUUCUUAGAACUUCUGCCUUCCUCUAACUUCUGCUUUACCCUCAGCCCCUUUCCGCUCUUAGCUAUUAACACAGUCAUCUGGCCCCUUGCAGUCUGCCGAGAACACUCUGUGUCACUUCUCACUUGACCCUAGGCCCCAUCCUGGCCGGGGGUGCGUCCCUGCAGCAGAGCCAGAAAUCAGGAGUCGGGAGUAAGUGGCAGCUUCCAGGACCCCAGGGCUGGGCCGUCCCUCAGCUCAGCUUCUCUGGUCAUGGGUCCAGGGCCCUUUGGGACCACAGCGAGGAACCGUAGGGUCCUCAAGCAGGCGUACCUUGGGUCAGCCAGGGACCUCUCUUCCUUCAAAGAGAAGCCUUUCCUCAGGCUCCGCGCCCCUCUGGCGAGCCUCCAAGAUGCCCCCUGCCCUUGGUUUCUCAUCAUCAUCUGGCCUCUGCCCCUUCUGCAGCCACAGCCUUUGAUACCGACUCUAGCAAUACUUCCAGAAUAGGUAGAGCACCCUGCACCCAAAGACACGCAGUUUCCUGCCUCUGUGCCUUCGCUCAUGCUGUUCCUUCAGACUGGAAUGCCUUUCCCUGCUCCUCCUGCCUUGUCUGCCUGGCAAACGCCUGUUCAUCAUUUCAAUCCCCCUCAGAGGCCCCUCCUCCACGAAGACAACCCCCAUGCCUCUCCCCCUCCAGGCUACCUCUGCUCUUUGUAAAUGCUUCUCCCCUGGCACUUACCACUGUAUUUCACUUGUUUACAUGUGUGUCUCCCCUCCAGACUGUGAACCCUUCAGGGCAUGGACUGUAUCUUAUGCAUCUCGAUUUCUGCGCCUAGCACGGUGCCUGGCACACAGAGGGCGCUCAAUAAAUGUUAAAUGAAUGAAUGAUUUAA